UGCCAUGAAGGUCUUCAUAGCCACCCUGGCCAUCCUUGCCACUGUCACCCUCUGUGACCCUGCUUCUGCCUCUCCAUAUGCCUCGGACACCACAGCCUGCUGCUUUGGCUACAUCUCCCGGUCCCUGCCCCGCGCCCACAUCCGGGAGUACUUCUACACCAGCUCCAAGUGCACCAGCCCAGCCGUCGUCUUUGUCACCCGAAGGAACCGCCAGGUGUGCGCCAACCCAGAGAAGAAGUGGGUGCGGGAGUACAUCAACUCUCUGGAGAUGAGCUAGGGUGGAGGAUGCCUGGAAUGGAGUGUGUGCAAGUUUUCCUGUCCCGGCUGUUGCUCUUCUAGCCCCCUGGGGAGGCUCUUCCCCACCACCCUCUGUUCCCGCCCUGCUGUGCAAACCAAGCUUCCACCACAAGGCCACGGUUGUAAACAGCUCUCCUCGAUGCAAGCCUGAAAGAGCUGCUGAGGCUCUGAGCUGUGACUGAGCGCUCUCCCGGCUCCGAGCUUCUGCCGCCAGGAGGGAGGAAGGCAGCGAGCCUCUGGAAGCAGGAACGAAAGGCUCCCAUGGAACUAUCCCAGGGUCAAGAUUCCCAUCUCAGCGCGUUCACCCAGAAGGGGUACUUGGCACAUGUGAGAAAUCAGCUUUCCAUUAAAAUUCUCAAUGUAAGUGUAAA